AUGGUUGCAUCACUGCGAUUGGCUCUUUUCGCCGCCAUCAACAUCUUGACUGCCCUGCAGUUGACUUCGGCAACCUCCUUGGGACAAACAUUGCGACGUCAUGGAUCUCUUUCGUUGCUGCACGAAACUCUUGUAAAACUUGACCUUCUGUCCGGAUACGAAGGAGUCGACCACGUUACCUUCCUGGCCAUGAACAAUGAUGCCAUAACAUACCUCGCUGACUGGGGUUUGAAUUUGACACAAAUCGACCCUAUCAUCGCUCGCGUUAUCCUCGAUUAUCACAUCAUUGAGGGUGUUCACCUUUCAAAAGAGCUUCUCCGUCCAAGCAGCGAACAGCAAAUUGCACAUUCCAUCCUUCGACCUCCGGUUUUCACCAAUGUCAGCGAAGGGCCAGCAGUAAAGCUCAUGUCACGCGGGCCUCACGGUGCCAAGAAUCCUGCCACUCUUAUGGCGCAGUCUGGGCUGCAAAGCAUCUCCAAGAUCGUUGACGUGGACCUCCGCUACGAUUCAGGCAUCGUGCAUGUUAUUGACAGGAACUUGGUUCUUCCACACAACAUAUCAGAGACGACUAAUCUGGUCAACACGCUCCAUGACUUCUGGCGUCUGAUCGACAAAUCCCAAUCCAGGGAACUACUCGAAGAGCUCGCCGACACGACAAUUUUUCUACCUAAUGAUGCCGCAGUGCGGGAAGUGUUACCAGCAUUGGACUCGCUGACCCCUAAGCAGUUGGCUGUCGUCAUUGCGAACCAUGUGGUACCAAACCAUGUCUUGUACCACACAGAAUUUACUUCCCGCGCGAAAAAGUACUCCACAUUGAGCGGAAAAACAAUCAAACUCAAUCGAAAAUCUGAAAAAGUCCUUUUGGUGGACAAUGCCAAUAUUCUUGAAGCAGAUAUUUUGAUCUAUGGCGGGGUUGCGCAUGUAAUAGACAAGGUGCUGCUCCCUGAGCAAGACCCAUCAAAAUACCACGCCUUGGUUGACCAACUCAUUUUCUACAUAUUCUCUAAGGCCACGGCUCAUCUCAGCGUGGUAGCCGCCGGGUGUGCUAUUGGUCUUGCCGUGUUGAAGGUUCGGCAGUGGUCCCUGCGAGAAAAGCAGAGGUUGAGUAUGCGGGGGCACAUCAAGGGAUGUUUUGGUGUGUGA